AUGAUUGAAUCAACUUCGAAUAAAUCUAGAGAUGUUGCUGUUAUAGGUAUUGGUUUACGUUUACCAGGUGGAUCGAAUACACCAUUAGAAUUAUGGAAUAAUUUAAUUAAAGGUAUAGAUGGUAUUGUUGAAACUAAGGAGCGUUGGAGUGAUACUUUCUCAGAGAUGGGAGAGGUUUCAAGUAAAUAUGCAGGUUUAAUAGAUUUCGAUCAAUGGAUGUCGUUUGACCCUUUACAUUUCGCUAUUAACCCAUCAGAUGCCAAAGAAAUUGACCCUCAACAAAAAAUUUUAUUAAAAACUACUUGGGAAGCUUUCGAAGAUGCACAAAUUGAUCCAUUAUCACUAAGAGGUAGUGAUACUUCUGUAUAUGUCGGUGCAUCUUCAAUGGAUUACGCAAGUAUCAAUACUGAUCCAAAUAAACAACCAAUUAAUUGUUUUAAUGUUAAUCUAAGUGGUGUAUCAAAUCGUAUUUCAUAUUGUUAUGAUUUAAGAGGUACUUCAUUAACUAUUGAUACAGCAUGUUCAAGCUCAUUGAAUGCUGUUCAUUUAGGUUAUGAGUCAAUUGUUAAUGGAAAGUCAGAUUACUCAAUAGUUGGUGGUGUUAAUUUUAUAAUUAAUCCACAACAAUCAAGAGCAUUCAAAUAUGCAAUGGUUACAAGUAAAACUGGUAAAUGCAAAGCAUUUGAUGAAUCAGCUGAUGGUUUUGUUCGUUCAGAGGGGGCAGUAGUUUUAAUUUUAAAGAGUUUAUCAAAAUCUAUUGAAGAUGGUAAUCAAAUUUAUUCAAUAAUUAAGGGUAGUAGUUCAAAUGUUGAUGGUACUUUAAAUAAAACAAAUUAUUUUGCACCUUCAAAAGUUUCACAAUCAAAUAAUAUGCAAAAGGCAUUCGAUUCUACAAAUGGUGAAUUAACACCAAAUGAUAUUAGUUUCUUUGAACUUCAUGGUACAGGUACACAAAUUGGUGAUCCAAUUGAAGUUGAAGCAGUAUCAACCUUAUUUAAAGAUAUUAAAACUAAAGAAUCACCAUUAUUAAUUGGUUCAAUUAAAUCAAAUAUUGGUCAUUUAGAACCAGCAAGUGGAGUUGCAUCAUUAGCAAAAGUUUGUUUAAUGUUAAAAAAUAGAGAAUUUGUAAAGAAUAUUCAUUUUGAAACACCAAAUCCAAAUAUUAAAUUUGAUGAAUGGAAAGUUAAAGUUUGUACACAGAAUACACCAUUUCCAACUAUUCGUGGAAAACCAAUUUCAAUUGCAAUUAAUAGUUUUGGUAUUACAGGUUCAAAUGCUUGUCUAUUAUUAUCAGAAUAUUUAAAAACCAAUAUAACUACAACAAAUGAUCAAUUAGAACCAUCGACAACAAGUUAUUUAAUACCAUUAAGUUCAAGUUCAAAAAAAUCAUUAGAGCUUUACAAGAAUGAAUUAACAAAUAAUAUUGAAACAUUUUCAAAAUCAAUUGAAUUUAAAGAUUUUAUAAGUUAUCAUAUAAAUUCAAAGGCAAUAAAAUUAGCAUCAAGAUCAGUUUUAAUGGUAAAGGAUUGGGAUGAAUUAAAAUCAAGUUUAAAUUUAAAUGAACCAUUAAUUUAUUCAAGUAAAGGUAAUAAAUCAGGAAAUAUAAUGAAAGAUAAUAAUAAGAAUCCAAUAUUAGUUUUUGUAUUUUGUGGUAUUGGUGGACAAUGGAAUCAAAUGGGUAAACAGCUUUAUGAAACCAGUAAAGUGUUUAAACAAUCAAUAGAUGAAAUCGAUCAAAUCUUUAAUAGACUAUUUGGUUAUUCAAUUUUAAAGAAAUUAAGAUCAAUUAGUGAUGAUGAUUCAAAAGGAAUUAAUGAAUUUAUAACCUCUCAACCAUCAAUAUUCAUGCUUCAAGUAUCAUUGUUUGAAUUUUAUAAGAGUUGGGGAAUUAAUCCAUCGAUUAAUGUUGGUCAUAGUUUUGGUGAAAUUUCAUCUGCUUGUUGUUCAGGAAUGCUUGAUUUGGAAACUGCAUGUUUCAUAGUUUAUAAAAGAUCAAUUAUUCAAACUAAAACCAUUGGUAGUGGUGGAAUGUUAGUCAUUGGUUUAAGUGAAGAUGAAUAUAAAAAACAAUAUCAAUCUCAAUAUCCAUUGAUAGAAAUUAGUUGUUUUAAUUCACCAUCAUCAAUUGUAAUUAGUGGUAGUGAACUGGAUUUAACCACAAUUACAAGUUCACUUAAAGAAAAGAAUAUUUUCACCUAUUUAUUAGGCUCACCUGCAGCACUUCAUUCAUCAAAACAAAAGGUUAUCAAAGAUGAUAUUUUAACUCAACUUAAAGAUAUUAAAUUCAAACAACCAACAAUUAAAACCUUUUCAACUGUCACAACAAAUUUAUUUGAUAAUUCAACAACACCAUUCGAUAGUAAUUAUAUUUUUUCAAAUAUUAGAAAACCAGUAUCAUUUGAAAAAACAAUUAAAAACAUCUUUAAUCAUAUUGAAACUAAUGAUCUUGGAAGUAAUGUAAUCUUUUUAGAAUUAUCACCACUUCCAACAUUAACUAAUUAUAUCAAAGAAAUGAUACCACAAAAUUCAAAUUACUUUUACAUUGAUGAUGAAUCAAUUACAAUUUUGACAUCAUUAAAUAAAAAAAAAUCAAUUGAUGAAUUACAAGAAAUUAAAUCAACAAUUUCACAAAUUUAUUGUUCUGGUUAUAAUGUUAACUUUAAAUCACAAUUAACAACAACAACAACAACAACUUUUGGUAAUUUAAUAAUUGAUAGUAAUAAAAUUGUUAAAGGUUUUACGUCUUAUUAUUUACCACGUUAUCAAUGGGAUGAAUCAAAUUAUUUUAAAGUUGGUAGAAUUUCAAAACAAAUUUCACAAGGUCCAACAGCGACUCAAUUAGGUUAUCGUAAUGAUGUAUCACCAUUUAUGUCAUACACAUCAUACAUCGAUAUUAAAGAGGAACCAUUUAAAUUUCUAAAGUGUCAUCAAUCACGUGGUAGAAAUUUAUUCCCAGGAAAUGCAUACUUGGAGAAUGUUUUAAAAGUAUUUCCAGAUCAAGAUUUAACAUUUCAUUUAAUUGAAUAUAGAUCACCAUUGAUAUUAAAAGAAGGUAUUAAACAUAUUAUCUCUACAAAUAUUUAUCCCAGUGCAAAGAAUGAAUAUAGAGUUACCUUUCAUUAUAAAGAUAGUUUCGAUAAAUGGAUUUUAGGUUGUUCAGCUAGAUUCUCUGUAUUAAAACAUAAUAGUGAUUUAGAGAAUCAAAAGAUUGAUGUAGAAUCAUUAAAGGCUAAAUGUAAUUGGACAACAAUUAAAAGGAAGGAAUUUUAUGAAGUAUUAAAAACAAACACAUCAUUGGCACUCACUGGUCAAUUUCAAUGUAUUGAAGAAGCAUACUAUGGUUAUAAUUGCUGUUUAGCUAAAAUAUCAAUGAAUGAAACUUUAACAAAACUAUCACAAUACGAUAAUGAAUUAUUUUUAAAUGCUUGUACAAUCGAUGGUGGUUUCCAACUAUUAGGUUUAUUUAGAGAUAAUCCAGAUACUUUUGUUAUGGAUAGAGUUGAACUACUUAGAUUCUAUGCUUCAAAUAUUCCAAAAUCUUCAAAGUUUAGAGAAAAUUAUCCAUUCAUUUAUACCUAUACCGAAUUUAUUAGUCAAAUUGGUAAUUCAGUAUAUGCAAAUAUUAAUACAUUCUUACCUGAUGGUACAUUAUUAUUUAAUACUCCUGUUGUUUGUUACUCUUCAAUUUCAACUGAUAUAAAAAAUCAAUUGUCAAUUGAAAAUCCAAAUCAUCAAUUAUACUCUACAGUUCUUCAAUCACUAGAAUCACCAUUGUCAGUCACUACCCAAAAUGCAAUCAUUGAUGAGAAAUUAUUCUUAUCAUUUUUACCAACCCCAGUUGCAAAUAUUAGAAAAGCAUUUACAACCUGUAUCUUUUCAAAUAUAAAGAAAAUUUAUCAAUCAAUUACACCAGCUAAAAUUAAUACUUCAACUGUUGAUUCCCUAAUCGAUAGUUAUUUUAAAAUUUGUGAAACUGAUAAUAUUGAAAAAAGAAAAUUAGGUGAAACAUUAUUUAAUGCUUUAAAAUUAAAUUAUUCAAUUAUUGAAUAUAGUUCUCAAGCUAAAUUAAUUAAAUUAUUAUCAACAAAUCAAAUUGAAAUAAUGAAUAAAAUUACAACCCAUUUAUUAAAUGAAACAAAACCAACAACAAACACUACUGAAACCACACCUGUUAGUAGUAGUCAAAAAUUACCUGAACAAAUUCAAUUAAUUGAAAAUAUUAUUACAAAAUCAGUUUUACCAUUAGUUAAUGAAAAGAUUGUAUUUAGAAUUUUAGAAAUUUCAUCAGGUAUCGGUCAAUUAUCAAAGAUUAUAGUUACAAGAUUGAAUGAGUUAUUACAACAAAAUCCUUUAGCAGAAAUUGAUAUUGAAUUAACAUUUACCGAUAGAGAAGAUAUUACAUUAAUUAAAGAGAAAUUAACAACAUUACUUUAUUCAACAUCAUCGACAGCCGAUAUAAAUAGUAAAGAUCUUUCAUCACGUAAAACUAGUUUAAUUUUUACUCAAUUGGAUUUAAAUGAUAAAGAUUUAAUUUCAUCAAAAACCAUUUAUCCAUCCUAUUAUGAUAUUAUAGUUUUAAAUGGUUUGGAUGGUAUUAAAGAUUUAAAUCAAUCAAUUGAAACUAUUUAUCAAAUUCUUAAUCCAAAUGGUUAUUUCAUAAUGAUUGAUACUUUAUUUAAAGCUAAUAAAAGUGAUUUAAAAAACUAUGAAUUAUAUCAACAAUGGUUAUCUUUCAAUUAUUUUGAUUCAACUAAAGAUUUAGAUUCUUGGAAAAAGUUAUUAACUCAAGAUUUUAAAUUAAUUAAUUUCACUGCUACUUCAAGUCAACCAUGGGUAAUUUUAUGUCAAAAACCUAGAUUUUUCGAAACAGUUUCAACUGAGAAUCCAAUCUCUACAACUCUUAGUUGCUAUGAUCAAGUUAUUAUUUUCGGUACAAUUGAUAAUAUCAAUGAAUCAAAAGCACUAUCAAAAUUAAUGGAUGUUAAUGAUAGAGGUACCGAUAUUUAUUGUAUAAAGACUUUGGAUGAAUUUGAAACUCAUGUCAAAGAGACACCAUUAACUGAUGAAUCGGUUAUAGUUUAUGUGAAUACAAUCAAUCAAGUAUUCAUUUCAUUCAUUUCCUAUUCAUUAGAAUAUAUCAAAAUCAAUCAACAUUUAUUAAGAACCAAUUGUAACGCCAAACAUGUAUUGUUAACUAGAAGUGCAUUCAUUGAAACUACCAAUACAUUGGUAAGUGCAACAGUUGGAGCUUUUAGAUACUUUUGUGAAUUCUCUCAAUUGGAUUUAUAUUUAAUGGAUUUUGAUGAUUCAAUCUAUUUAAAAUCUAUGCAAUUCAUAAAUGUAACCCAUGAAAUGACAAAUCCAAAUAAACACUACCAAAGGGAAUUCAUUUUUAGAGGUGAUAAAGUUUACUAUGAAAGAGUUACUCAAGAGACAAACUUAAAAUUAAAAUUAAAAUCAACAUCAUACAUAUCCGAGCCAACUCAACUAUAUGCAAAAUUAGGUCAAAACUUACAAUAUCAAUUGAAACCAUUUGAAAAUAAAAUUCCUGAAGGAUUCAUUGAAGUUAAAGUAUUGGCAAGUGGUAUCAAUUUCAAAGAUAAUUUAGUUUAUCGCCGUUUGGUACCAAAUGAAGCUGUGAACCAUACUGGUAAUUCAAAUGAUCCAGAAUUUGGUUAUGAAUGUUCUGGUAUUGUAUCAAGAGUAGGCGAUGGUGUUACAAAAUUCAAAGUUGGUGAUGAAGUGGUUGGUUUAGGUUUCAAUUGUACAGGUUCAUUUGUAACUUUAGAACAAUUUAGAUUUGUAUUAAAACCAAAGAAUCUUACUCAUGUUGAAGCAGCUUCAAUUCCAGUGGUUUAUUUAACAUCAUAUUAUAGUUUAUUCGUUGCUGGUUAUCUUAGUAUUGAAAAGAAAGAAUCUGUACUAAUUCAUGGUGGAACAGGUGGUAUUGGUUUAGCAUGUAUUAAUCUUUUAAAAGCAAAAGGUUUCAAAGGUUAUUUAUUCGUUACUGUUGGUUCAAAAGAAAAAGAAAAUUUCCUUCGUGUUACCUAUGGUAACUUUAUCACUGGUAUCUAUUCAAGUCAAAAUACAGAUUACCUUUUAGAAAUCAAGAAAAAGAUACAACAACUCACUGGAAAUAAUUUAAUUUUUAAACAAUUUGGUGUUGCUAAAAUGGGUAUUGAUUUAAUUAUAAAUACAUUAUCAAAUGAAUUUAUGGAUGCAAAUUUCAAUUCAUUAUGUCAAGGUGGUAGAAUUAUUGAUCUUUCUGUGACUCACAUGAAUAGUCAAGAUACUACUGAUUUUAGAAAAUUCCGUUAUUGUAUCAGUUAUUCAAGUGUUGAAUUACUUUUAAAUGGUUUCGAAAGAAAUAAAUUAAUACUUCAAGAGGUUAUGGAUAUGUUUGUAAAUGAAAAUUUAGCAUUACUACCAAUUAAAGAAUAUUCAGUUAAAGAUAUUAAAGAAGCUAUUGAAUUCAUCGCUGAAAGAAAACAUAUUGGUAAAAUUGUUGUUAAUCAUGAAAACUAUGAUUUAAUUUCACAAACUCUUGUUAGCAAUGAUAAUGAAUUCUAUAAAGACUUUUUAAUUCCAAAAGCAAACUAUAGAAUAAGUGCAGAUUGUAAUUUGGGUAAAACCGUUUUAUUAACUGGUCAACUUGGUCUUAGUUUAUCAAUUAUCAAAUGGAUUAUUGCUUUUAAUAAUUUAGAACAACCAGUUGAAAAUAUAUUAGUACUAUCAUUAUCACCUAUCAAAUAUGAAUUGGAACAUAUGAUUUGUUAUUGUAAACAUGUUAAUAAUCAAAUUAAAAUAAUAUUUAAACAAGUGGAUAUCUCUGAUAUGUGUGCAUUGGAUGAUGCAAUUGGUGAAAUUUAUAAAGAAAAUGAAAAUUUACCAUUGGUAUCUUCAAUUUUCCAUAAUGCAUUUGCACCAUCGGAAUGUGACGCAUUGGAUAUUGAUGAAGAUCAUUUGAGGAUAUCUCAUUCAGCCAAAACUAUGGGUAUGAUAAAUUUGAAUUCCCUUUCAACUGGUAUUUGGUCAGAGUCUAUAAAGAACUUUGUAUUGUCAUCAUCUAUAACAAGUAUUCUUGGAAGUCAACGUCAAUGUGGUUAUAUUAGUGCAAAUUGUAUCAUUGAUGCAGUCUCAAGAUUAAGAGCAUCAGAAGGUUUACCAUGUACUUCAAUUAACUGGGGUGUACUUGGUACUGGUUUCGUUUCAAGAAAUGAAAGUGUUUCAAAGUUAUUUGAAUAUCAAGGUUUCAUUCCAAUCUCUAUGGAUAUGUUAAUUGGUACAUUGGAUUUAUUCUUACAAAAUUCUGGUAAAUUAAAUAACAAAAUAGUUGCCUCAUUUAAUUAUAAUAAUGUUAGUGCAGCAUUUAGAAAUCAUCAUCUAUCCUAUAAAUUAAAUUACUUUUUAAAUCCAGUCUAUUCAAAAGGUUCAACUUUUGAUGAUAAUGAAUUAUCAAUUAGAGAUGAUAUUUUAGAGAAAUUCUCUGAAUAUCUAUCAACUGAAAAAUCAAAAUUAAGUUUAGAUAUCAAAUUAAUAGAUUAUGGUAGUAGUUCAAUUAUGCUUGUUGAAUUAAAGAAUUAUUUAGAUAAAACUUAUACACCAAACAUUUUAUCGAUUGCACAACUUCAAAAUGUAACAAUCAAUCAAUUAAUUCAAGCAGUAAUUCAAGCAGUUUCAAAAUUAAAAAAACCAACAACAAAUCAACAAUCUCAGCAACCAAUUAUUUCAAACAUUAAAUGGGAGGAUGAGAUUGCAUUAGAUCCAACCAUUAAACCAACUCAACAAAUAAUUGAUACCUAUAAAAAUGAAAUGACUCAACUUUACAAAAAUAAUAAUAAUAAAACAAGUUUGGGAGGUUUACAAGUACUAUUAACUGGUCCAUGUACAUUUUCAGGUACUCAUAUACUUUCAAAUCUUUUAUUAUCUUCAAAAACAAAAGUGAUUCAUUGUUUAUUACCAAUGGAAACUCCAGAGCAAGUAAUGUGUACAAUCAUUGAUAAUUUCAAAGCUCAAGGUUUAUAUGAUCAAUUGAAUUUAGCAAAUGUAUUAUCAAAGAUUAAACCAAUUGCUGCAGAUUUUACAAGACCAAUAUUUGGAUUGGAUACUGAUGAUUAUAUUGAACUUUCAAAAAAGAUUGAUAUAGUCAUUAAUGCAGCAUCAAAUACAACCAAACAUUAUUGUGCUCAUAUUUCCUAUGAAGAUACAAAUAAAGAGUAUUUACAUGGUGUCUCACAUUUACUUAGAUUUGCAUCAAGUGAAAAGCUAAAGAGGGUCGUUCAAAUCUCAACAUUGGGACGUUAUUCUGAUUUACAAAGAAAUUCUUUAGACGAAUACUAUUUCCCAGAGGUCGAUUUCUCAUUCAUUUCCGAUCAAAAUCAGUUAGUAUCAGGUUAUAUUCAAUCAAAGAUUGUGGCAGAGUAUCAUCUUAAACAAGCUUCAAAUCGUGGUAUUCCAUGUUUAAUAGUUCGUACUCCAUUUACCUUCCCUGGAAAUAAUGGUAUUGGUAGAGAAGCUGAUUUCACUCAACUACUUCUCCAAAGUUGUUAUACAUUAAAUUGUUAUCCAACUGAAUCACAUAUUCAACUCUACACUGCACCUGUAACUUGGUAUGCAAAGAAUAUUACAUUAAUGGCUGUUGGUAGUGAUAUUUCACAAGAUGGUUGUUGGGAUACAAUCAACACAUCUCCAAUUGAAAACCUUUUAUGUUUUAAUCUUUUCGGAGGUGGCUUUGAUUUUGGUGAUUUAUUGGUUGAUAUUUCAAAAGAUUUAUCUUGGAAAGAAGUCCCAUUCGAAACUUUGGUUAAAAAAGCUGCUGUAAAUGAAACUGAGUGUUGUAAAAGAUUGGCUUCAUUCGUUUUAAAGAAAAAAGGUGAUUUCUUAAAAAAUUUAGGUGUUAUCCCUGGUAAUUUCACCGUCAAUGAAAAUCUCAAAAAUUAUUUAACCUUAAAUAACUCAUUUGAUGGUUGGUUAGUUACAAAACAAUUAGUCUAUAAUCAUUUAUCUUAUGUUUUUAAAAAGAAAGUUUUUUAA